AUGCCACCAUCACCUCGCAAAUCAGUCAAAUCCUUCCGGAAACUCUUUCACGGGAGCCAGCACAACACGCUCAGUCUCCGUGGUUUACCGUCAGAGAUAUGGAGCAACGUCGCCUUCUUUCUGGACCGUAGAUCCGUCAUCAACUUAGCACUUACAUGCCAGUUUGCGUACUACGCCUGCGAGCCAGCGCUCUAUCGUACUCUGACUAUUCUCCAUCCCGGCGACCCGAACUAUCAUGAAGACGAGCUCCUGGAACGCGGCCAUCUGGGCCAUGUCCGGCGGCUUCGGGUCAAACCUGAUGUCGUUCCGGAUAUGCAUAUUAGAGAACUCGCUAAGGUUCUUCCACUCAUCCCCGGGAUGCGCGACCUCGAACUGGAAGGAUCUGUUCAUAUAGACUCUCUCGGGGACCUAGAACACCUUUUGAACGACAGAAGGGAGAGGAUACGCUCCCUCAAACUCUCGGUGAAGACCACAUCUGACGCUGUGAUGAACUUCGCUAUCUUCAAACACCUUCGUGUGCUGGACUUGACAGCAUGUACUGGCAAUUCCUGGUUCCUCGACCCACUGCAGAACCUCCUGGAUCCACGAGAUACAGAAGUAGAGCCAAAUCUUCCUUCUGAUCUUUCCGACUCUUUGCCGCUCUUGACGUCAUUAUCGCUCACAGUCGGGCGACAGUUCUAUCGGCCUUUCUUGACCUCGUUCGCCCUCUGGAUCUGGGACUGUAAACUGUGCUGGGACCACGACGAACUGCACGCGCUUGAUUCCUUCUUGAAGGUUCACCGGCAACAGUUGACCGACAUUACCUUGCCAUGUUGGCAGCUCAAGUGCCCGUCUUGCGACUUUCCUCGAAAGGGGAUCACCGCUUGGCUCUCAUUGGCACCUGUUCGGCAGCUCGUGAUGGGCUACAGAUUCUCUCGCGAACUUGCUCUUUCUGGCGCUUCUCUGAUGAGCCUCGAGCAGUUGACUAUUCGUGCUGGCUGGGCAGGUGGUCCCUACUGCUGGGAGGUGAUGUCGGUGUGGCCGGACGCGCCGAGCCUCAAAAUGCUCACUGUCAGCAUCGAGGGCAGCGACGAACUCGAUUGGUUGGCAAUUUCCGAAGCAUAUCCUGCGUUGGAGUACCUUUGCGUAGACUGGACGCAUGCUAUAAGCAACUAUAAGGUCAAGCAGAGGAAGAUGCCCUUCUACUUCCCGAAGAUAUGCCCGAAGCUCAAGUGGGUGCGGAUCCAUGCCAAACGCCUGGCGGACGAACGUACAAAAGAUAUGCGAUGUACGGCGUUCGGCGCAAUCGGCGCCGUUCGGAUGACACGUGCAAGCCAGUUGGCACGGAAGCCGAACUGCGGCCGCUUGUUCCCCUUGUUCGAAGCUCCUGGGAUGAACGACUUGCAACCGAAAGAGAUGUCUUUCUGA